AUGUACAAGCCCAAUAUUUUACUUAUACACCACCUAUCGAUUAUUAUCAUCGGAAAUCAUUGUCAGGCAGCUAUAGGGUGGACAACAGCAGAAGGUGUGCAAUAUUUAUGCGGUGGAACACUGAUAACAUCAAACUUCGUAUUAACAGCAGCACACUGCACUGCAGGAGGAAAAGAACCGGACACUGUUCGCCUUGGGGACAUCGAUCUCAGCAGCAGGGCGGAUAAUGAAUUUGCACAGCAGAUCAAAAUUCGAAGGUUCAAGCAACAUCCACGGUAUAGACCAAGUAAAAAGUAUUUCGAUAUUGCUUUGAUUGAGCUGGAAAGACCGGCCAAAAGUUCGGAAGCCGUCUGUCAUGCCUGUUUAUGGUUGGAAAAGGAUGUUCCACCGGAAAUUUUGAGUGCCGUUGGUUUUGGCGCGUUGGGAUUUGCUGCAAAGUUAAGCUCAACAUUACAAAAAGCGAAGUUGACUACUGUUAAUAAUUCAGAAUGCAUGCAUCGCUUAUUUUUAGACACGCGGUCGCUACCGAAAGGCCUUUUGAAGGAACAGUUUUGUGCUGGUAGUGAGACUAUGGACACUUGUGAGGGAGACUCUGGUGGACCGAUUCAAACUGUAAGGGUUGACGUGGACGGUUCACAAAUCCCAUUAAUAGUCGGGGUUGGAUCAUUUGGAUCGCCAUGCUCGGAAGGAUCCACUGGAGUGUACACUCGUGUGGCCUCCUACCGACAGUGGAUAGAAAACGAAACCAAUACGAGUUUUAGUUAUACGGAGUCCCCUAUAAGUGACGAAACGGUACGCGUUGAAGAUGUUUAUAUUCAUCCAGGAUACAAAAACGGAAAUAAACCGGAAAAUGAUGUUGCCUUAGUGAAGUUAUCUAUGUAUUUGAUUGCCCAAAAGAACCUACUUCCGGCCUGUCUAUGGAGGGGUCAUGUUGAAGAGGCGUUCAAUGAAAUAUAUUAUUCAGUCUAUACUAGCGAUAUUUCUCCGGGUGAUCGUGGCCAGCAAUUAUUCAUUAAAGGCAAAAUGACUGACAAUGGACGAUGCACUGAUCCUCUACAUCAGCAGCACAAUCUUCUUUGUUCAAGCAAUAAAAUUUCGCUUAUUCCGACGGUUUGCACGAUGGAUUACGGAGGACCAAUUUCGAAUCGUGAAAACAUCCGCUUUCUGCCGUAUCUCUACGGCGUGGUAUCGAACCUUAGUACAGGAUGUGGUGAUGAUCUGAUUGGGACCAGAAUAUAUCCUCACAUAAACUGGAUCGAAAGUAUUGUGCUCGAUCACACCCGCGAUCGAUUAAUAUUUAGUAAACGUUAG